UCGUGCGUUCGCGAAGCCGCUAUAUGCCGCAAGUUUGUGAACGCACAUCCGCUACACUGCGUCGUCUGGCGGGAUUUUGUGCGGUAUGAGAGUAUCCGCGUUUGAUUGUUGAGAAAUGGUCGCUUCGGCUCUCUCGCGCGUACGCCUUUAUAUCACGAAAACCGAACUCUGGGUAGCUGGACGGUAGACGAUGCGGUAUCAGGGCAAAUUAAGACAAAGCUCUCCACGCUCAUUUGCAUCGGGUCGUCGCACACACAUUAUGCAGCUGGCAGUGCAGCACCCAACACACCACCACCCCGGCCGAACGUGUACACAUAGUCUCACACCAAUACAGCCGUAUCGUUCGCACGGUGAGACUAUUUAGUGUUUCCGCUUGACCUGUCUACGCAGGGUGUAGUGUAGAAAACCAUUUUUUGUUUCUUGGGUGUUCCCUAAUUCGGCGAUCGGUGUGUGUGUAUGGGUUUGAUUGUUGCGGGUUAAGAUUUGUCGGGUUAGUAUGUUCGAGCAUUUCUGAUCAAGCUAAUGAUAACGAUCCAUAAAUUAAUUGCCUAGUUAGCUGUUUCGAUCGGUGGUUUCCACAGCUGCGUUACAUCCAAUAUUUGUUUCCGAGCUUGUCUAACAGACGUAUGGGGUACAUAGAAAAUAUACAGAUAGGGGUGUAGAUGCAAUCAGUGGAGCAAAUAUGUUUGUGCAGCUACUACUAGCGACACAUUCAGUCGCAUUUACAAUUCAUACGACGACACUUAGCAACAAUGUGUGUGUUGCCCACCGACGCUGGUACGGGUAAUUCGAAUUCCUUCGCUCGAUUUUGAUUCGUUUGGAAUUUGGAAAGUCAUGCCUACUCUCUAGCUUUAGGUGAGCCAAGAACUAAGAUAAAGAUUUGUUGGGAGGUCUAGAUGUAAAGGGUUUAGCCAAAUUGGUAGGCUAGGUUGAAACUGUUCGUGUAGGACAUUCAAGGGUAUUAGAUAAUGUAAAAAGAGUGUUGGAAAUGUCUGAAUGUCUUUUGCUAUAAUCAAGAGUAAUGUUACUAUGGACUCUGUAUUUUUAAUGUGACACCAGAGAAGUAUAUCCUUUGAGGGAAUGAUGUUAUAGGAUUCAUCCCAGGGUUUUGGGCACGGUUUUGGGUUUUGGGACUGUUGGCUCGGGCUGCCUUUUUAAACACAUCAUAUUGAUGUAUAAGGUGUAAAAUACAUGAACUCUGUCCAAAACAAGCAUUGACUUCCGGCCCACGAUUCCACGGGAAAAUGGAUAGACAUGUUUGAAGUAUCUGAAACAAGAUCGGUCGAUACAAGUGGGUGUAGUCAACCUUGAUAACCGUCUGUGCCAAAAACCUUUACAGCAUUACGCUGCGAAGAUAAAGCCUAAUGGUUUUGAUUGAAUGAUUACCUCCAAAGAUUCUGGCAAUGCCAACGUUCACAUUUUGAUAUAACACAUUUACCAAAACCAUCACUCGCUGAUGUAUCUAAAAAUCUAGCUAUCUUGAACAAACACCCCAGAUCGAUUGUCUGAGCGCUUUGAUCGAAUUGGGAAAACGAGGAAGCAGAUCGAGAUGUACGCUGUACGAGAGAGCGGGCUGUGCUGCAAGUUAGCCAAGAUAUGCCUUACCGUUAAUAUAUGGCCCGGACGAGCGGUAUGUGCGUACCUUGGGGAAUGGUGGGCAUUGCUGAAGCACUCACGCGCCCCAAAAACGGACUGUCGUACGCUCUUUCGAUGGGAAAAUACGCGAAAACCCGAAGGCAAAAAAGGCGUACUGUGUUAGCAACAUUCUCUCACCGACACAUGCUUUGGUGUGGUCGCGCGUUUUCCUCUAUCUGCACACGCAAACACACACACAUACACACACACAUUUACAACCGGAUUCAUCGAAAAUAUAUGGAAGAGGUAGAAGGAAAAAGAGAGAGCUGGGCGAGGAAGGGGUUGUGGACACAUGAUGAGAGGUGAAUUAGGAAGGGCAAAAAGCGGUGGUAAAAGAUUGGACAACUUUCCAGCCUAUAUACACAUAUAUACAAUUGGGUUGGUUGGUGUCUCUUCCUGCUCGCACACGCGUUCGUACACACCGGGUGGCAAAUGUAGGCGAAAUGGGACGUCAAUUGAUCCGUGUCGUGUGCAUGCGCCCGUUUGUGUAUGUGUAGUGAUUUUGAACUCCCGCACCAAAUGACUCCAAGUGACCAGCAUGAUUUUAGUUGCUCUCUGCCGUUCGAUCCAUUCUAGCCAGGCAGAAACAGGAACAUCCAAGCUGCUCUGUAGUAGAAUGGAUAUACUUUUUCGCACACAAGGCGUUAGAUUUGUUUCACACCUGUCAAUUGAAUGGAGGAUGGAACGGAGUUUUGCUGUCAAACUGUCUAGAACGAAGUAGCAGUGUACUUUAUUUUCGUAUGGGAUCUUGGAACUUCUGAAAUUUUUAGAGAUGUAGCGCGAAUCGUAACGCAUUCCAACUGAACUGAAGAUAUUGAGUAGAUUUGAAAUACAUUUCAGGAUUACUCCAUUUCUUGGGGAGUACUCCUUUUUGGGGGGGUUCUCUAUUUCUUGUGGCGAGUACUCUAUGUCAUGGCAGGAACAUUUUAAGCUCACUACGUAUUUCGUGACUAGCUUAUUUGAACCUGGAAUGAGAACCCCGAUCGAUCGUAAGAGCCGUAACAACGAAGCAUUAUUCGCAGCCGGAACAUUCAUACGUAAUGUCCGCAGGAUAUAGGAGCUGUCAUUUGCGUUCUCGCACCAUGAACAUACUGAAAUGAAAUGGUGGGAAGAUAGCUUCAACGAGCCAAGAAAAUGCAUUCCACUCUCCCUUCCCAAUUCCCAGAAGCUUUUGCGCGAACUUCCAUCUGGCCGUUUAGGACACUUGUAACAGUAUUACGUCUUACCUGCCAACACUUGGUACAUGGUGUGAUACGGUGUGCGCCUCUUGCCACGUCGACGGCGUUUAGAACACCUCUUAGCUUCUCAGGCCGAUGAAAGGUGGUGAAAAGUGCCACCCCAAAAAGGUCGUCAUUGCGCGCGGCUUAUAACGGUUCGACGCUGUGUGCGCUCUGGUGAUGCGGCAACCAUCAUGCACAUCUGCAUUGCCCACCCCAACCAAUCCGAACAAGCUAUAUUGGCUAAGCGAUUGGCUGCCCAAAAUGAGCAAAAAAAAAUGUACAAAAAUGAAGGUAGUUGCUGCAAGAUGGCGAGGCGACAGAAUGGUAUCCUACGAAAGAGUAAUGAACGUGCACAUCGCAUCACAUGCCCCUUGCCCCUUUGCGCUAUUGCCCUUCGUGCAACGGGGUGGAUUUUUUUUUUAUUUUGGGGACGCACGGUGUGUGGCGGCUGUGACGGCCACAAAUCGACCGAAAAGAAAGCGUAUCGCCGCUGCCACCGCCACCCGUCGUCAGCCAUCUUGCCAAUGUGUGUGUUGUUUGCCGCCGUCAGCCAUAUUGUUUCCGAUUGUUGCCGACGAUGCGACGGGCUUGUGCUGUACGUUCCGUUUCGGUAGUUUUUUCUAUCUUCUUCUUUCCCUUCAAUACUCUGUGUUGGAAUAGUUUUGGCUGGUUUGGCGAGGUGGCAAAAAGAAGAAACGAGCGGUAGUGUGGAGGAAAGGGGCUAGAAUUGUUUGUUCUAUUGCAUCCCCGCAACCAUAUCUGCAUUAUACAUUCUAUUAUCUGUUUUAAUACAAAACAACAACAACAAAAAUAAUAACAUGGGCGCAUACACUAAAUGGGUAAGUCCUGUAAAAUGUGCGUUUCCAUGUGUGCAAUUUUAUUGUGCUUUAAUCUGCCCAUUAGUGAGCCGCAGAAGGUAAUAAUAUUUAUUUAUUUAUGUUUUUGCUUGUUUCCAAUUCAUCUCUCACGGGUUUCUCACGCGGAUUGGUGACGAUGUGUAACGAUCAGCGCUGGUUUGAUUUGGUUGCUGUGUGAGGGAAGAGUGGAAAGAGAUCAGGUCUGUCAAGAGCAUGGAGAUUUCAAUUGCGCAAGAAGUAGGACCAGUACGACAAUGGGAAAGAGAGCAAACCAAAUGGGAAAGCGGGAUAGGAAGAGAGCAUUUGUGUUUGUGUGUGUGUUUCAGCUACGGGGUGCGUGUGCGCUUCCGCUCCGAUAUUCUCCGAUUUGAGUGUACCCAGAUGAAGGGGAAAUUAUAGUACGCGAAUCAUCAAACACGCACACAAACAGUUGGGUAUAAUGGUGUUUAUGGAUGUAUUGAUGUGAUUCUUUUGGGUUAUGUUAUGUAGGUAUACGAUAGAAGUACUUUCAAGAAAUAUUCCUGAAGUUAAAUUGAAUAUGAAGUAGAAUUCUUAGUAGUUGUCAAUCAGUCGAUAUUACAGUUUGAAGUACGAUCGUCGCCUACCGUUGGACAGGAAGUUGGACAACCCUGCGGUGUGGGUCGCGUUGUGAACAAGCGCCACUGACCAGACCAGACGGUCAAUGCCGAACUUAAGGUAGUGCUAGUGGACCGCGCGUAUUGCAUACGCCUGCGUCUGGCUCUCCUGCUCACAUUUAGCCUCUCGCUCACGUUUGCGUUCUGAUGCUCACGGCACUGCAAGCUAAACAGUGACAAGGUGGGGAAGAAAGAAAAAAAGGUCCGUAUCGAGAGAGGAUAUUGUUUAGCUCUGUGUCUCGCGGGUGUUUGUGUGUUUGUGUAAAGUUAGUCUCGUCUCGUGUGCGAGAAGAGAAGCUAGUCCAGAGUUUCAGUACCGCCUGUCAGUGACUACGACGGACGGACGAAAGGAACCGAUUUACACAAGCAACAUCAUCUCCGUGUCACAAUCAAACACCAACACCAACUGCUAGAAAGAGGAAUUGUUAAAGCAAAAAUUUUGGAACGAGUGAUUAAAUAAAAAGGCCAAACAGUGACACGUUUUCUUGCGUACGGUUUUUGGCGACAUCUUGAAAAAUUCAACUACGCGCAUAGUAUACCUUCCCUAGCUUACAGUGCUGUCACACCAAUCAUCCAAAGUCGCCAUUAUUGGGGUGGUCGGUACACCAAAAUCAAACGUCAAGUGUGUGUAUAUACGAGCGCGGAUUGCGUAGUGGUAGCGGCGUGUACCAGUGUACGAAGGAACGGUUUUUCAUCUUUUCUAUUCGUCGACUAGUGCCGCCCGACGUACGGGUUCGACGGUCGACCACGUUACCGGAAAGAGAGCAUCCCCGAACGUCGUUUCUCCGUCUCUUCCGCACGGGCUCAAAAACACGAGAAGGGAAGCCAUGUUGUCCAUACGAUGUCGGCCGGUACGCAGCUGCAGAUGGCACCACAAACAACAAUAGUACAACAAGUUGGCCAGGUCGAUCAAACUGCAUCACACCACCAUCACACGUCGCAUCAUCUCCAGCAGCAACAGCAACAGCAGCAGCAAUCGCAUCAUCACCAUCAGCCGCACUUUAACAGCGGCAAUCAGCAGCAUCAUCAGCAGCAAGUGACAACGGUGCUGAGCUCGCACCAGCAGCAACAGCAAACGUCUGCUGCCGCCGCGGCAGCAAUUGCUGCUGUCCUUUGCGGUGCUGGUAGUGGCAACGGCGGCGGCGGUGGUGGUGGUGGCGGCGGCGGCGGUGGUGGUGGAGGCGGUAGUGGUGGCAGUGGCAGCGGUAACGGUAGCAGUGGCGGCAGCGGAGGAAGUACUGUUAACAGUGUGGGCGGAGCAGGGACAGGCAGUGGUGGUGGAGGAGGAGGAGGCAAUAAUAACGGGGGAACGGGCACUAGUGCCAGUAGCAAAGGCGCCCUGGUGGAUACGGCACAGUCUACGACGACCACGACAACGACGACAGCGGGAGUGGCGGUAGCGACGGCAACACCCGGUACAACGCCCGCCCUGCAUCCACCCAUCCCUGUCGGUAACCUCCAGCAGCAUCACUCUCAUCACGCGCACCACCACCAUAACAACAACAAGGAUCAGGACUCGAACAUGAGCACGGGUUCGUCGCAUAGUGAUAAGGAGCCGGAAACGAUCAUGAGCAGUCCGGUGGCAACCACCCUACCCGUCGUGACGACCCCAACGUCCGAGAAGGUGUCGCGAACCGCUUCCGAACGGAAGCGAAAACGGAAGGCCCCGGACGAUAACGGUGGUCCGGGCGGUGGAGGUGGUGGAGGCGGUGGCGGUGGAACACUGGGUAGCGCAACGGGUGGGGGUCAUUUUCGUGAUAGUAGAGAUAAUAUUAAGGGUCUGCGGUUGACGCUGCCGGCUCACAGUGAUAAUAAGAAGAUAAAAGAUUUUUUUUCUAAACACCCGGGGCUACCGACGGUGGCCUCGCUCCGUGUGUCCAGUAGUAGUAGUAACCAGUUAGUCGGUGGUGUAACAUGCAUCAGCGCCAUUACUACCGCGGUCGGUAGUGGUGGCAGCAGUGGUGCCGGCACCGGUAGCAACAAUAAUGCGCUCGGUGGUGGCGUUACCGUUGCGGUCGGUUCACUAGGAGCAAUAUCUAAUUCCCCGCAUGUGGAUCCGGGUGGUGGUGGGACCGUCGGAACCACCACAGGUCCCUCCCGGAAAAGUCCGAACCCGCAGCAGCAGUCCCCCCACACCGGUGGCCAAUAUCCCAUGUACCCCCCUAGUCCGCAAACGCCACUACUUUCGGUGGGCGCCAGCAUCGGGAGCAAUGGUAACAAUAGCCACAAUAAUGUCGGCACACUGCAACAGACGGAUAUGUUUAGCAGUAGUCGAACACAGCGCCAACAGCAGACUGCAGCAGGUUCACCUUCGCCGACACCGUCAUCGGUAGCUGCAGGCGGCGGCAGCGGCAACAACAACUCUUCCGUACAAGUUCCUCCAUCCGUCUCGGCAGCUAUGGCAGCGGCAGCGGCGGUAGAGGCGGCCAAGGCAGCCGCCGCAACGCCCACCCCCUCAGCGACGACGGUCCUGUCGCCGAUCAUUACUCCACUGGUUAGUGCUACUGCCACCACAGGCGCGGCCGGUUCAGGAGUGUCCUUACAGCAGCAGCAGCUACAGCAGUACCAACCGAUUGUACUGGUGGCGAACAAUAGCAGCACCUCAUCGAUAAUGCUCCAGAAACAACCGUCAUCGGUCGGUACGGCAGCCAGCCAGCAGAAGCAAACAGCACAUCAAGCUCAAGGUACGCAACAGCAGCAAUCAUCGUCUGUCGUAUCGACGCAGCAACAGCGUGACUCUCAGGCGCAGGCAACGAUAGCAUCCCAGCAAACGGCAGUGCAGCAGCAGCAGCCGACUGGUCAGAACUCAGCACUACCCGGUAGUGCGUCGACGAACCAUCAGCUGCAGUGUAAUACCCCCACGUCAACAGUAGCAGCUAGUAACAGCUGCAACACCGGAACCACCGACCAUCACCAUCAGCGGGUUACACUGGUGUCGUGUAAUACGAGCAGCAAUAGCAGUAGUAACGGUGGCGGUGGUGGUGUUAGUGGUGCUACUGGUGGAGUCGGAGGCACGACGACGGGAUCAACCACCCCUAGCGGGGAGCAGCCGAGCGGGAUCGGUAGCACGAACACCCCGUUGAUAACGACAUCCGUUGCCACCUCGACGACGAGCAACAGUUCAGGUGGUGGUAACGGUGGCCAGAACAAUAAUUCCAUUCUCCAGUUGCCGGGUGGUGCGGUCGUCACCACCACCAAGUCAAUUGGGCAGAAGCUGCAACAUCAGCAAACUACCUCCUCCACGAACACGACACCGGGGGGUGGACAGCAGCAGCAGCAGCAGCAGCAGCAAAGCGACAGUAGCAACAAUAACGGUAGCAACUUCGGUAGCAGCAAAUUUGGGCAGCAGCAGCAGCAACCGUCAACACCGACGACACCAACGACGACGACAACGCUCAUGCUGACCAAGUUCGUGCAAACCGAUCUAACGCAGGCAGACAUUACCGAGCGGGACCACGACUUCGAAAGCAGCCGGACGCGGGUGGACGAACUAUCCCGGCUGUCGGACGAGCAGAAGUGUCAGCUGAACGUGCACCAGAAGGCGAUCGAGCAGCACAAAAGCCAAAUCAGCAAAUGCGUCGAGGUGGUGAAAAAGCUGCUCAAGCAGAAGAGCAACAUCGAGAAGAAGGAGGCACGGCAGAAGUGUAUGCAGAAUCGGCUACGGCUUGGACAGUUUGUGACGCAGCGUGUCGGCGCUACCUUCCAGGAGAACUGGACCGAUGGUUACGCCUUUCAGGAGCUGGCGAAACGCCAGGAAGAAAUCACUGCCGAGCGUGAGGAAAUCGAUCGUCAGAAGAAGCUGCUGAUGAAGAAGCGACCGACAAACAGUGAGGGAGGUAGGAAACGUAACAAUUCGUCGGCGACGGGCGGUGGUUCGGGCGGUACCGGUGUUACAGGCGAUAGGGGUGGCGGUGGUCCAGGCAGUACCGGUGUGGGUACGGGUGCCGUUGUUGCGAUGGGCAGCAGCGGUGUUGUUGGUGGCAGUGCCGGCAAUGUUGGCGGUGGCGGAGGUGGCUCGGCGCUGCAUAAUGGCAAUGACAGUACCUUCCUCAAGCCGGACCCGGUCGUUAGCAGCAAUAGCACGUUCACCCUACAGGAGUACUACGAAUGCGACGAGAUACUGAAGUUGCGCCAGAGUGCACUCAAGAAGGAGGACGCUGACCUGCAGCUCGAGAUGGAGAAGUUGGAGCGGGAACGUAAUCUACACAUACGCGAGCUGAAGCGAAUACACAACGAGGAUCAGUCACGCUUCAACAAUCAUCCGGUGCUGAACGAUCGGUACUUGUUGCUGAUGCUGCUUGGUAAGGGUGGCUUCUCCGAGGUGCACAAAGCGUUCGACCUGAAGGAGCAGCGGUACGUGGCGUGUAAGGUGCACCAGCUAAACAAAGACUGGAAGGAGGACAAGAAGGCGAACUAUAUCAAACAUGCGCUGCGGGAGUACAACAUCCAUAAGGCGCUCGACCAUCCGCGGGUGGUUAAGCUGUACGAUGUGUUUGAAAUCGAUGCCAAUUCAUUCUGCACCGUGCUGGAGUACUGUGACGGGCACGAUCUGGACUUUUACCUGAAGCAGCACAAAACCAUCCCGGAAAAGGAGGCACGAUCGAUCAUAAUGCAGGUCGUAUCGGCACUGAAGUAUCUGAAUGAGAUCAAACCGCCGAUCAUACACUACGAUCUGAAGCCGGGCAACAUACUGCUUACCGAGGGCAAUGUGUGCGGUGAGAUCAAAAUUACCGACUUCGGUCUGUCGAAGGUGAUGGAUGAAGAGAACUAUAACCCCGACCAUGGUAUGGACCUUACGUCACAAGGUGCUGGAACUUAUUGGUAUCUGCCGCCAGAGUGCUUCGUUGUCGGUAAAAAUCCACCGAAAAUCUCGUCCAAGGUGGACGUCUGGAGCGUUGGCGUCAUCUUUUACCAGUGUCUGUAUGGCAAGAAGCCGUUCGGUCACAACCAGUCCCAGGCAACGAUCCUGGAGGAGAAUACAAUCCUCAAGGCGACCGAGGUGCAGUUCGCCAACAAACCGACCGUGUCCAAUGAGGCGAAGAGCUUUAUACGGGGCUGUCUCGCGUACCGAAAGGAGGACCGGAUGGAUGUGUUCGCACUGGCAAAGCACGAGUACCUGCAGCCACCAGUGUCGAAGCACAACCGGUCGUCAAACGCGCAGAACCAGCACGCUGGUGGACAGAACAGCAGCACCAGUGGUACCGGUGCCGGUGGUGGCGGAGGCGGCGGCGGUGGCGGUGGCGGUGGUUCCGGUGGGUCUGGCGGUGCCGGUGGUAAUCAGGUCGGUCAGCAGACAUCCUUUUCCACCGGCAUGUUCGGUAACAUGAACCAGUCCAGCUCGUCUUAG